AUGAGUAAGAAAAGAAACCCAAAUUUUUCUAGUACGGAAAUUCAGGUUCUUCUAGACGAAGUGGAAAGAAAUAAAGAAGUAAUUUUUUGCAAGUUAUCAAAUAUUGUGACAAAUGCCGCAAAGAAGAGGGCUUGGGAAAGCAUCUGUGAAAAGAUAAAUUCUUGCAAUUCCUCCUCUCAUACGAGGACUAUUGAGGAGAUAAGAAAAAAGUGGUCAUCUUACACCAGCGACGCGAAGAAAAAGGCAUCGCAACAACGCAGAGAGUCUGCAAAAACAGGAGGUGGUCCACCACCCAUUGAAUUAGAUGCCUUGCAGGACAGAGUAGUUGGCAUCAUAGGAAACUUGCCUAUAGAUGGAAUACCGGGUGGCCAUGACACUGCAAGGUCCAAUGAAGGAAACAUUUUGAGCUCGGAAAAACCCCCAGCUUCUACAUCAUCGGCCACUGAUACGGCCCAAAUUCAAAUUACUCACAGUUAUGCACUCGCAGGAAAAGAUCCUGGGAAAAGGAAAAAGACGCGCUCAUCAGAGGACCAUGAACAUAUGAGUGAACUUCUACAAACAGAAAAGAAAAAGGUAGAGAUUGCCUUGGAAAAUCUUGAAAUUAAAAGGAGACGACUUGCCAUAGAGGAAGAAAGACUGAUCAUGGACAGGCAACGUUUCCAAAUGGAGGUUCAACACCACCAAGUUUAUUUGGCAAAACAUGGUGUUUCAUUUACAUUUCAAGAUAAUAAUGAUUUAAAUAAAUAA